AUGUCGAGAGCCUCCAAAUCCGGUGCACAAUCUCGAAAGAGGAAAGCCGAGGACAACGUCUGCCCGGAUUUUCGCAAAUUUCAACGCACUGUUUCGAAGGAAGCUUCCGAAGCAGCACUCAAAAUCAACACUGAAAAACGGAAGCGAUAUGUUGGAGUUCUGAAUCAAAUGCUCGAAGCGAAACGGAGGCACAGGGAGGCAAUCAAGGAACUUCAAGCAAUGCUCGAAGAAGAGAAAGAGGGCUACAAAUCAAUGACAAACAGAAUCUUGAAAUUCAAGAUAUACGCUGGAGUUCCAGUCGAUGCUCUACAAUUUUCCGAAGAUGACAACUCUCAUGACCCAUGUGAAGAAGCCACGGAAGACGAAGAAUCUACUGGCGAAGACAACUAA